AUGGCGUUGUGGUUGUGGAUUGCCAUCGUGUGUGCCGCGACGGCGGCCGCCGUCUCGUCGGCAGUGGCGAACAACAAUUACGGGCGGCGGGGGGCCCUAGACCCCGCCUCCACUCACUACACCGUCCUCGAACCGAGGGAGGACAGCGGACAGGAGCGGUUCUUCUGCCUCGCCCGCGGCCGCUGCCGCUACCGCACCAUCGAGUGCCCCGACGAGUGCCCCCACCGCAAGCCCCGCCGCAACCGCCGCCUCAAGGCCUGCUUCGCCGACUGCAGUAGCCGUUGCGAAACCACCUGCAGAAAUCGUCUUCCUAAUUGCAGAGGAUACGGAUCGGUGUGCUACGACCCCCGAUUCGUGGGCGGCGACGGCCAGAUGUUCUACUUCCACGGCGCCAAGGGCGGUGACUUCGCGCUCGUCUCCGACGAGCAUUUCCAGAUCAACGCCCACUUCAUCGGGUGGCGGCCGGCGGGGCGUGCCCGCGACUUCACGUGGGUGCAGGCCCUCGCCGUCGUCUUCGACACCCACUGGCUCGUCGUCGCCGCGCGCCACGUCAGCGAGUGGGACGACGGCGUAGACGCGCUCGCCGUCCGGUGGGACGGCGAGGAGGUGCUCGUCCCCGAGGAAGGCGACGACGAGUGGCGCCCCCGACCGCCGGGCUCUGAGGAGGAAGCAGCGGAGCGGGAGGUGGUGGUGGAGAGGACGGCGGAGAGGAACAGCGUGAAGGUGACGGCGGCGGGGGUGGUGGAGGUGGACGUGAAGGUGGUGCCGAUAACGGCGGAGGACGACCGGAAGCACAGCUACCGGCUGCCGGCUGGCGACGCGUUCGCGCAUCUGGAGAUGCAGUUCCGGUUCGUGCGGCUGACGGCGGCGGUGGAGGGGGUAUUGGGGCAGACGUACCGGCCGGGCUACGUGAGCCCGGUGAAGAAGGGGGUGGCGAUGCCGCUGAUGGGCGGAGAGGACAAGUACCAACUGCCGUCCUUCCUCUCCACCAGCUGCGCCAAGUGCCUCUUCCACCCCGCCGCCAGCAGCCGCGCCGUCGACGAGAACCCCGCCGUCGACGUGGCUUAGCAAGGAAUCUAGCCAGCAAUUAUGUUUAAUUUUAAUUUUGGCCUAAGAUGAUUAUGCAUGAUGAAACUUGUGCUAAUUUCCAAUUAAUUAAU